AUGCCUUCUCUCGACUCCUCUCCUCCUCCGCUUCCCUUCCAAAUCCCAACUCCCGCUGACUACAGCGGCCUCUCGUCGUCGUCGUCGUCGUCAUCCUCUUCGUUCAACGCCAGCCUCAUCAUUAUCGCUGCCAUCCUCGCCGCUGUCUGCCUCGCUUCUGCAACCUUCCACCUCCUCCUCCGCUUUCUCUCCCGCGCUUCCUCCUCCUCACCGCAGCUCAUCCACCACAACCCGUCCACGCCAUCGACGAGGUCAUCGUCGUCCGACGGGCACCGGUUGGCCCGGGUGGAGGCCCUCCCCAUCCUCCACUUCGACGCCGUCCGCACCUCCUCCCCGCCGGACUGCGCCGUCUGCCUCUCCCGCUUCCGCCCCGGCGAUCAGCUCCGCCUCCUCCCCGCCUGCCGCCACGCCUUCCACUCCCCCUGCAUUGACGCCUGGCUCCUCUCCCCCGCCGCCUCCUGCCCCCUCUGCCGCUCCCCCGUCCACCUCCCCCCACCGCCGCCGCCGCCCCCGCCCCCGCUUCCUCCGGCGCUCCCAGUGACGGCCACCGCCGAGGAGCCGUCCCCGGCCGGCGGAGGCGAGCGGGGGUGGUUGAAGGAGUACGUCGACCGGCUAGCUUCCUCCGCCUCCUCGUCCUUCUCCUCGCUCCGCUUCUCCGACAGGUGGAACCGCCCAGCCAGCUGGGACUUGGAAAACCCCGACGACGGCAACACCGCCACGUCGGCCCAACGUACAACACCAUGUGGCAGCGCCGUAAAUUAACCCCAUCUCGUUGGGCAAAUCGCGAAAUCCGACGCUGCUUCGUCGCCGAAGGUUGUUGCGGAUAAAUUGAUGUGAAAGAAAGGUCACGAGAUCGGACACAAUUACCAGAUCUGCCACUCAGCUGUUGUGGUCAGAGCAGCGGCGGAGUCGAUGCGGGUUGGUCGAACUAUCUCUUCUGCUGCUGCGCGUCUUCAGAUUGCC